AUGAGGAAAUUUAGCUCACCGUUGCCGACAUGUUGGAAUAUCAAAGACAAAAGCGACCUGAUCCAGCUGACCCAUCAACAUCUGCGCAUCACUCACAAAGGAAUCUCGUUGGUGAAGCCACCGACAGAAAAGGGUUCCGCAGCAUUGGUUCGAGCAGACGCAGCCGUCCCUCGUUGUUGCGGUGUUUAUUAUUUUGAGUUGACGAUCGUCAAAGGAAAGGAUGGCCGAGUUGGUGUGGGUUUUGGCCCGAAAAGUAUGGGCAGAGAAAGAAUGCCAGGUUGGGAUACCGAUUCGUAUGCCUACCACGGUGAUGAUGGACAUUUUUUCACGGGCGAUGGAAACGGCCGAGAAUACGGACCCAAAUUUAAAGAAGGUGACGUUAUCGGCGCUGGAAUCAACAUGGAUGCUCGGAAGUGUGUCGCCGAAGAGAUUGAAAACGUCGAGUUGCCAGGCGAAAAAACAACGUGGAUGAACAGUGCCAUCUGCUCUUGGCUCCUCAGCGAAGGCCACGUCCGGGCUUUAACCACUUUGAACAAGACGGCGCAACUCGGGUUCAAUUUUACAGAAGAGGGGAUUGCCAGGAGAAAUUCUAUACGAAAGUUAAUCCUUGCGAUGCGAGCUACAGAGGCAGCCGAUAGGAUCGAGCAGUGGUAUCCGCAGCUUUUCGCCAAAAAUCGCAAGGUCGAGCUUUUUGUGAAAUAUCAAGUGUUCGUCGAAAAAUCGCAGGCGGUCGCUUUUGAUACGGGUAGCACAAAUUCACUGAAUACUUCAAAUGGCUCGUCUCGGGUGGCUAGCCGAAAACAAGAGAAACGGAAGGCGAGGGGACAGAAACGGAGACAAAAAGACCUGGAGGCGAGUACCUCCCGGGAAGAACCACCCACUAGGAGAAGCCCAACUAACAGCACCCACGAUGCGGAUAAUGCGAGCAACGGCUGCUCGAAGAACGGCGUGGAGAAGAACGGCAACGAUGCGGCCGGAACCACCUUUAUCGAAGAAGAGCAGUUCGACACCGAAUUUGACGACGGAGUAAUGGGUGCUUCUCGGGAGGAGAACUCGAAUUUGACUAACCGCUGUGGCUAUUCGUUACUUGAGAAGGCAGAGGCAGAGAACAAGCUGGGCGAGGUUCUGGCUUAUGGAAAUUACGUCGCACGACUUCGAGAACAGCCAGGCCUCGAACUGACUGGAGAGGAAAAAGCUUUCUUUAAUGAAGCGAUGAUGGCCAUUUUGACGCCUCCGGAAGAGUUCGAUCAGCUGCCUCACAUGCAAUUAGAUUAUAUCUGUCGGUUGGCGAAAGACGUCAACUCUGCGAUUAUGGGCAGCAGAAGCAUUCUACAAAUCGGGACGAAUAGCGGCGAAGGGGCAGCUGCCGUCGCGAAGAUGGUAGGUAGUGAUGUAGCCGGGAUCGACGUCAAUAUGGGCUGCCCGAAGCCAUUCUCUAUUGCGGGCGGAAUGGGCGCCGCGCUUCUCACACAACCAGACAAGAUCAAGGAGCCAGAGGACACGCUAGCGCUCGUUCAUAUGAUUGAGAAAUGCGGCGUCUCAGCUAUCGGUGUACAUGGACGAAGACGAGAUGAGAGGAAUCCGGAUCGAUGCCGUUGCGAGGAGAUUGCAGAAGUCGUAAAGGCAGUGUCGAUCCCAGUAAUUGCAAACGGUGGUUCCGGGGAGAUGACGUGCCGAUUGGACAUUGAGGCAUUUCGAACAGCUACCCAGGCCUCAAGCGUGAUGGUAGCGAGACAAGCGCUCGCAACGCCCAGUAUUUAUCGAAUCGAAGCCCACAGUUUUUUUCUGGUUCGUCAUUGUCUCGCGUAUCACCGGCCUUGGAUUCUAACCUUGGACAAAGAUGCGCCGGUAGAGAGCGUUCCCAUUCUUCACUCGUCGGUGGUCAUGCGGUUGUCAACGAAAAAGUUAGAGCGAUUCCUCUGGGCAGUCGCACUCUUCAGAAGCGACCCGACGUCAUCUGAGGUGAAGCCAUUUUGUUCCGGCACGCUCAUCUCCGAUCGUCACAUUCUGACGGCCGCCCAUUGCACGGCCGACCUCGACAAAGAAGAAGAUAGCAAAAGCGAGAAAACACAGCCCACAUGGGCCGAGCACGACAUUUAUGUGGCCCUCGGGGCCAAGUGUGUCGUCAAAUCGGGUGUUUGUGAGGGGCGAAAAGCGGAAAGGACUAUUGUUAAGGUCAAAAAUAUUGUCGUGCCCAAGGAGGCGAUCUACGGCGCAAACUGGCGUCGCGGCGGCGAUAUCGCCAUUUUGGAGCUCGAAACCCCGGUUAAAGAGGCUUCCAACAUCAAAUAUGCCUGCCUGCCCGGGUGGAAGAUUACAAUGCCAAAGCGCAAAUCCUAUGUGCACUGGGGAUGGGGAUAUUUGGAGCAUGAAACCGCCGGCAAUCCAGUGAGAAGCACUUCCGACACACUGAACUACCUUGAAGACGUCGAACUGUUCGACUGUGCCUCGAAAAGCGAGCGCCAGGCCGGUGAUAAAGACGUGCUCUGCGGCCGAUCGAAGCAAUACAAUCAAGGGAUUGAGGGGGGAGAUUCCGGGUCGGGCUUCGAGUUGAAGGGGGAACGUGGCCGGCCGAAUUUGGUGGUCGGCGUCUCGGUGUAUGUUGCCUCAAAGAGCGACGAGUCGUACAGCACGGACAUCCGCCGGUACGCCAAGUGGAUCUGCGACCUGACCGGGUUGUGUUAUAUGAAACACAGU